AUGCUCAAUGAUCUUCUGUCGACCUCUCCCCGAUGGAAACCUAUCGUCCCCGACCGCCGCCGUUCCCUGCCGCCCUCCUCUGUAACGCCUAUUGUGACUUCCGAACACUCGUCCGCUCUCCACACCCUAGUACUCAACCUCCGUGCACAAGAUCCCUCGGCCGAACAUGCAUCAGCUGGCUCUUCCUCCUCAGAUGCUACCGAUGAUGCCGCGUUGGUUCGCGAGCUACAGUCACGCAUUGAGCGCCUUGCAGAGACUUCCGUGUUAUCGCCCCAGGACGCUGCUCUCGUCCGAACUCUCGCUUCUCUCAUCCGCCAUUUUCAUCACCUUGCGGCACUCCAGUACUCUGUCUCUCCAUCUUCGCCACGCGUAGCAUCCUGGAGUUCGUCGCAGCCUGUUUCUCCUGCGGAUCCCUUAACCACUUUGCGUCGCCAGGUGAACGACUUCCAGCUAGCGAGAGGAGAUGCGGCCUCAAGGCCUGUCAGACGGGACGGCAGUCCGGUGCAGCAGGUUCAGACCGCUUUGCUCUGGUCGCAGGUCGACGAAGAGCUGGAGCAGGUCCUAUCCCUCUGUCACGCACGAACAUUCGAGGAUCCCUUUGCAAAUCCGAUGCUCGACUCCGAAUCAUUACCUCCGGACUACGACAUUGCUUGGUACGAUGCGCAAGGCGAGGGCGAAGGCUUGCCGCAGUAUGAGCCUGGCAGUACGAUGGCUGCAGUUGCGAAGGCUGGCGUCUCUCCAAACAGCGAAAAGUCCGCUGACUCCCCGAGCUCAGAAAGCCGAUUCUCUGUAGGAGGUACCAUGGGUGAGAAGAUGCGUAUGGACCUAGAGGCAGUCACGCUCGCGAUUGACCGGCUAUACCUCGUCGCGCCGCAGUUGCACGACCAGCGGGUAGAGCUCAAGAAGUCUAAGCUUGAGCAGAUGGAGAAAGCCCGGCUCUCAGGGACAUCAACUAGGUCGAGAGUCAGGGAGGGCAAGCAGCGCGCGGGGGACGCGAGAGAUGCCCAUGAGCUGGAGCGUAUGGUUGAGCUCAUUGGGCGUGCAUCGGGCAGGAAGUUCGCGAAUCAAGCGGUGGUGCUGGAGGGUGGACUGAAGAUGCGGCUAGAGCAGGCUCGCCAGAGGGAUGUUGCCAAGCGAGAAGCGUUUGUCGAGCAACUAGCCCGGCAUUCAGACGCAGGACGACUGCACUCCCAAGACGCUGUCCUUUCUCCCCCCGGCUCUGCGCAGCAUAGAGAGAAGGACCCAGAUGCAAUGUUGUCAUUGCCGGAGUUCAUUCGAGAGGCCAUUCCUGAGCCUAUGGAGCUCAAGAUGCAGAUGGAGGAUCCACGUGCAUUACUUAGCCUCCCGGAGUUCGUCAAGGAGCCUGUGCCAAAGAGCAUGGUUUCGCCGUUGCCCCGGCGAACACGGUCGAUGAAGGGUAUGAGGAGCAGGAGCUUGUCGGCACCUCCUCUUGCGUGGCUGCUAGCGUCGCGACCAUCGUCGCCGUCUUCUACGAGUCCGUCAUCACCUGUGGAGCCAAAGAAGAGUCGCCCAUCGAGGAUACGGAGAGUGGGCUCUUCCAUCAUCUCGAUACCCCAGCUGCGAACUACCCUGGACGUGAACUACGUCGCCGAGUAUCACGAAAAUCUCCAGCAUGUCCUUGUGUUCUUGACCGCCUCUGGGAUGACGGCAGGCGUCAACCUGGAAGCAGAAGUCGUUCCUGCCUCGCAGGUCCCACAGAGCAGUGACCUAUACGGAUAUCUGCAUCUGAAGUGCGGCCUCAGCACAUCAUCGUUCCUACGCCUACCGGCGCGUGUAGCACCCGGCAAGAAAGAUGUGAAGGUCGAUGGGCAGCACUUCCAGAUCAAGCUGGCGGCUUCGCCAUCGACAGCUACGAGUGUGCCUUCGCCACUCCUGGAUGCGACGCGACUCAUGCAGGACCGACCCACAAGUUACAUCUGUGCGUCGUGUUCCCUGCCGCUUGUGCACUGCUCGCGGAUGCAGGACUACCGCGACCUACCAUCGGAGCACUGGGCAGAGCUCGUCGACGCGUGGAUGUGUCACUCGGACCAGAAGCUUCACGAGCACGUCACGCGACACUCUAACGAGGGCUUUUGGCCGACGCCGGAGUAUGCGCUCGUUGGUGGAAGCUACCUUCUGUUUGAGCAGUCUGUCGUAAUGAAGCAACACCUGUGGCCGGAGGAGGGAUACCCGGAGCGGAAGCUCGGUGUGGUGUUGGCAUGCGAGGCGGCGGCAGGACGAUGUCCUUCGGCUGAUACAAAGCGUCCUAGAGAAAAGGCAUGCCACGACGAUGACUGGCAACGUGUACGCUGUAUUUGCGGUGCUAUCGUUGGCCGGCGGCAAGAACAUCAAGCCAAGGACGCGCCAUCUGCUCUCAUUUAUAGGCUCGCCAAGUAUGCCAUCCGGCCAGUGAGCCCAACCGCCGAGCCUUGUCGGAUCCCUCUAUCGGCCUUCAUCGCCGAAGACAUGAACGAGUUCGUGCACGCGCAUGCAACAUAUCGCUUCAUUAUCGUCGACGAAGAGGAGGAACGGCCACGACUCCUGAUCUGGCUCUUCAAGCCCAGCAUGCGCAUAGCAUACACGACACCCACGGAGUAUGUGAUACCGAAGAGCGGCUCCAUCCACGCCGCGAAAGUGCUCUUCAAGAUCCUGGGGCCAUCGACACCUACGGACAUUCAAACGAUCGCGAACAGGUAUCCCGGGUUCCCGCAGGCUGAGCAUUUAUAUUACCCCAUGGAUAUCUGCCGGCGCCUGGCAAGCCUGCUCAAGGAGAGCAAUACGGCGUAUCCGGAGAGCAUGCGCACGAUGACUGGCUUGGACGUCGGGUGGCUGCAACGCGCGUAGGCAGGCCUUGUCUGUUGGUCUCACCUGUUAUCUGUAGGUUAGAUGGGUUGUUGGUUAGGUCUUGACCGUACUUUUACUAGGGGAACGUUGACUCUCGUUGAGCAAUGUACUAUGUCAGGCUUCGGACAUUCAUAGAGUUUCUCUUCCCGCGUCCCAAUGCAAUUGCGAGACCAUACCACCCACGAUACUGCUCAGUUACUUGGCUG